UAUUUAGAUCAAUGAACAUAGGUGCAUACUACGUGCUUAAUGAGUCAUCGACUCACUUUUUGUCCUUAUUUUCCUCUACAGAUUUUUUCAUAUCUGUGUGCUAGGGAUCACUAUCCCUCAACGUAGCACAAAGCUAUAGCCUUUUUGUAUAGAUACGAAGAAUUACCAAAAGUUGAAAGUUAAACUUUAAUGUCUGGUAGAUAGAAAUAGUUGAGUACACUUUAAUGUCUUCCUCAAGAUCCAAUACUAUUGCAAAAUUUCAAACAAAUCUAACAGUUUUGAGAGACGUUCUGGCCAAUGAAAAUGCAAAAUUUGGGGAAUCAUUCGUCCCAUAAAGAAAUAAAAUCUCAAGGGAUGAAGUAUUUUGACAUGGAUAAGCUGGAUUUACACUGGGAAAUGAGAUGCCAAAAUUAAAUUUCAGACGACCUACUAUCUCUGCAACAGGAGACUGAAUUGUGGAUUAUUUCAUAUAGUCUACGAGAAAGGAUCGGGGUAAUGCAGUGUACAAGGUUGAUCCCAAGUUCUUUAAUUUCUAACAAAUCACAAUCAAUAAGAACUAUCAAUGUAGCAAUGGGACCUUUAAAGUCUCGUCAGAAAAUUGCCUUUAAGACAAGAUACCACUGGAUGUUAGACUUAAAAAAAAGCAAAGCUCGUGCAAAAUACCCUUGGAUUCCCAGGGAACCAACCACAUCCAUGGAAAUAUAUGGUCAAAAAAUUAUUUUUCCUGAAAUGUACCUAGAUUUUAUUGUACCUAACAACUUGGACAAAUGUGAACUGAAACCUUACGUUUCAUGGCAAUCGAAGCUAAUUGAGGAGGGACCAUUAACAGCUGAAGUUUUAUUUAAUAACAGAUAUUCACAAAAAAUAACUGAAAUGUUUAAAAAUGGUGCAAGUAAUGAAGAAAUUAUGGAGUACUUGAAGAACACGAAUUGUUAA